ACAAAUGUAAAAUUUUAUGUCUAAACAUAACCUAUGUCCAAACGGGUCAUUCAAUUUAAAUCCAAAAGAUUAUAGUUCUAUAUUUUUAUUUUUUUUCAAAAUUCAAUUGGAAGAUACCUUCCUUAAGCAAAGCAAACUCCUUGAACCAAAAACAAUCAGCUUCAAAGUCAUCUUCACUAAACGACGUCGUAUUUAACGCUUCCAAUGCCAUAAGCGUUUCCACUAAAGCUAGCCUUUUACACGAAAGCGAGCCUUUCACACAUUUCUAUAACAGCAAUUAUCGAAGGAUCCGACCCGAUUCGUCUACACAUAUUCGGGUCGACCCGUUAUGGCUGCUACCGUAUCCAAUAAACCCAACUCCGAUAGCCGGACGACGGCGAAAACCGCCGGAAAAGUGUGGUUUUAUUCACUCCUUCUCACCUUACAGUAUGGUGCUCAGCCCCUCAUAUCUAAACGCUUUGUCAGGCGUGAAGUGAUAGUUACUUCAUCUGUUUUGACGUGUGAAGUAGUCAAGGUUAUUUGUGCUCUUAUUCUCAUGGCAAAAGAAGGCACUUUGAAGAAAAUAUACAGGGAAUGGACCUUAUUUGGUUCUUUGACUGCAUCUGGACUGCCUGCGGCUAUCUAUGCACUACAGAACAGCUUGUUGCAGAUCUCCUAUAAAAAUCUUGAUUCACUCACAUUUUCAAUCUUGAACCAGACAAAACUGUUCUUCACAGCCUUAUUUACUUACAUGAUUUUGAGGCAGAAGCAAUCUAUUCAACAAAUUGGGGCUCUUUUCUUGUUAAUCAUGGCAGCUGUCCUUUUAAGUGUUGGUGAAGGCUCCAGCAAAGCUUCCAGUAGUAGUAACCCUGAUCAGAUCUUAUUCUAUGGAAUUGUACCAGUUUUGGUUGCGUCUGUGCUCUCUGGUCUGGCAUCUGCAUUGUGCCAAUGGGCAUCUCAGGUUAAGAAACACUCAUCUUACCUGAUGACUGUGGAGAUGUCCAUUAUUGGGAGUCUCUGCUUGAUAAGUAGUACUUCCAAGUCUCCAGAUGGAGAAGCUAUUAAACAGCAUGGAUUCUUCUAUGGGUGGACUGCAUUAACUUUGAUUCCCGUUGUGUUAAAUGCGGUUGGUGGAAUUCUUGUGGGGCUUGUGACUUCAUAUGCUGGUGGUGUUAGAAAGGGAUUUGUCAUUGUGUCUGCGCUUCUUGUCACUGCUCUGCUCCAGCUCAUCUUUGAUGGAAAACCUCCUUCACCAUACUGCCUAGUGGCACUUCCAUUGGUGAUGAUUAGCAUAAGCAUAUACCAAAAAUAUCCAUACCGUGUUAAGAAGAAGCAAGUGUGAAUCUUGAAUACACCAUAUGACGGCUCUUUAAGUAUAUUUGCCAACAUUGGCAAAGCGUACAGUUGCUUUUACUUAUCUAACAAGAAAAGAGUGCUUAGAGUUGACAGAUACUAUUUGAGGAGUUUCAACUCUACCUCAGGACUGGGACAUUGAGUUAAAAAUCUUUCUACUAGAUAUAUCUGCAUUUGAUGUAUAUCGAUGGGUUCAGCAUGAUUCAGCCUUGAGUACAGAGAAUUGGAUAAUUUCUGGCUGGAAACUCCUAUAUGUGCUAUUGGCCUUUCUGAGAAAAUUAAGUGGCACACUGAAGCCGCGAGUUGAAGUUUAGUUUGAGCUCGUAUUCAAGUGUAAAGAGAAAGAUGGCUUUUCUAUUAUAUCGUCUUCUCAUAUUAAACUUCAGUAUAUUUUGUUCACUUUAAUUGUUUCUACAUAGUAUAUUUGUUGUGUUUUGUUGUCUGAA